AUGGCGACUCCCAACCCCGAGUUCCUGCGAUUUACAGGCCACGAAUCCUUUACCCAGCGACUAGUUCUCUCUACGCUAACAGGUCGUCCAAUUCACAUAUCACAAAUCAGAUCGUCGUCGCCCACACAUCCCGGCCUCGCACCCCACGAAAUAUCCUUCCUCCGCCUCCUCGAUUCCAUUACGAACGGCUCGUCCGUCCAAAUCUCAUACACGGGAACAACACUCACUUACAUCCCGGGCCUCAUCACCGGCAGCGUUACAACGGGACUCGGUGCAACUGGCGAUGUAGUGAAGUGCGCCCUUCCAGAAACAUGCCGACGCGGCGUCAGCUGGUUUUUACUACCAUUAUCCAUUCUGGCGCCGUUCUCCAAGGCGCCUGUGAAUGUACGAUUCGAAGGCGAGGGUGUUAUAACUAGUGCUACGGAAACAGGCGAUAUUUCCGUGGACAGUGUCAGGACGGCAAUCUUGCCUCUAUACGAACAAUUUAGUAUCUUAGGAGCUAAAUUGGAGUUGCGGGUACUACAGAGAUCAUGCGCGGGUCCAGGCGGUAAAGGAGGAGGGGGAGUGGUAGAGCUGAAGUUUGGAAGCCAGGUGCGCCUGCCGAAGACGCUGCAUAUGAAUCGGAGCCCUGGGAGAGUGAAGAGGAUACGCGGUGUGGCAUAUUGCACGGGCGUCUCGGCGAGCAAUAAUGCGAGGAUGAUACAUGCUGCGAGAGGGGUGCUAAAUCCGCUGGUUGCUGAUGUGCACGUUGCCGCGCAGUAUGAUCAAGCACCGCUUGUGUCGAGUCACGACAAGACGAAUCCAUCAGGCAAGAAGAGGACAGGCGUGGGAUUUGGGUUAAGUCUUAUUGCAGAGAGCAACGCAGACGGGGUUAUAUAUUCAGCUGAUGUUGCGGCGCCGAGCCAAGGUGGGGUUACUCCUGAGGAUAUUGGGAAGAAAUGUGCCUUCCAACUAUUGGAAUGCAUAUCACAAGGUGGAUGUGUUACAAGGAUUGGUGCGCCGACGGUGCUGACGUUAAUGGCUAUGGGGUCUGAGGACGUGGGCAGAGUGAGAUUAGGGAGGGAUGUGGUGGGGACUGAGGAGAUAAUAUCGCUGGGGCGAGAUUUAAAGAAAUUCGGGGCAAGUAGUUGGGGAAUAAGGGAUGCUGAGGAUGAUGGGACUGGAGAUAUUAUAGUAAGUGUCAAAGGAAUAGGCGUUGGAAACGUAGGACGAAAAGUAGCAUAA